AUGCCUCGUCUACUCUUGAAAUUAAUUCUAUGUCUCGCUUUUAUAUCCUGGACGAUUUGGUAUGGCAAGACAUACUUCUACCGCGACCCUGGGAGCAUCUUCUAUGAUGAAGUCCACGCCUUUGAACAGCGAUAUUCCCUGCAUCGCCGCAGUGAAGUUGACGCUUUCAUACGGCUCCAAAAUACAACACUAACGACAGAGCCACCCAUCAAAUCCGGCCCUAAUCCCACUCUCUGCCUAGCCUUUAGCUCUGUCCGCCGCCAAACAAGUAACUAUCUAGAAACCUCAAUAGCGAGCGCCCUCGCAACCCUGACCUCCCAAGAGCGGCAAGACCUCCACGUGGCUAUCCACAUCGCCGAACCAAACCCAUUCAGCCACCCAAACUGGAAUACCACCUGGCUUCGCACGAUUGCCGACACGUUCACCACCUACAACGCCAGCAUAGCCGAGCUAUCCCACCUCUCUCACCUCCAAUUAACAUCCAACUACGCCGAAAAGGGUAUCAUCGACUAUACCCAGGCCCUGCAACUCUGUCACACAACCGGCGCCCCCUACAUUGCCCUCUUUGAAGACGACAUCCUCCUCGCAAACACAUGGUUCAUCCGCACCCUGCUCGGCCUCUCCCAAAUCCCCCCCUCAAAAGCCAAUUCAUGGCUUUUCAUGCGUCUCUUCAACCAAGAACGCUCAACGGGAUGGGCGAGCCGAGCCAUCGGCGGAAACAAUGAGCACUGGAUUAUUCUCGCCAUCGCGGUUUCCAUUUCGCUAGUGGGGUAUCUGGCUCGGCGCCAGAGUAGGAUUGCCCGGUCGUGGGUCGAUUGGGGCACGCUGGGGGUAGUGGUGCUCGUGCUUAAUCCGGCGAUGGUGGUGCUGUUUUUCCAGGCGGGCAAGGCGUCGGUUUUGCCCCCUUCACCUGGGGUUUUUGAGGAGCCAUUUGGGUGUUGUUCGCAGGCGAUGGUGUUUCCGAGGGAGAGAGUAGCGGAUAUUGUGCGCUUUUUGCGGAGCAGGGGCAGUGGACAGGUGGAUUUGUUGUUGAAUAGGAUGGCUGUUGAAAUGGAAUGGGGGAGGUGGGCGUUAUAUCCGAUCAUGGCGCAGCAUAUUGGUCUUGAGUCGGCUAGGAAGACCUCGAAGACUGAGGCGCAAGCGGUCUGGAGUAUGGCGUUUGAGGAUUUAGAUCCGGUGGUGUUGGAGAGGGAGCAUUCGAGGUUUGUUGACGACUAUUAUUGGCGGUAG